GUUAGUUGGAUGGUGAAGAAGAGGAAUUCGAAGAGACUAAAAAAUGAAACUGUUGUAUCUGGAGGCAAAAUUUCAUAUGAACUAAACUUCCUAGAGAAAUUGCUAAGUGGUGCGAUAGCAAGGGGAGUUGCCCAAACUUUUUUGCAUCCAGUAGAUGUUGCCCGAACAAGACUUCAAGCAAAGGGUGUGAAAAGAAAUUGGUCCCCAGGAGUGUUCACAAAAGGCGUUAUUCCACAGAUCGUUUUGGCCGUUCCUGCAGGAGCUAUACAAUUUCUUUCUUACGAAUUUUGCAAGGAUAAACUACAGGUGCUCUUGCCAAAUGUCAAAUUCCAAGCCUUACGGGACUUGUUAGCAGGAGCUGGUGGAGCUCUUGCAGCCUCAGUUGUAAGAGUUCCACAAGAAGUUUUAAAGCAGCGUAUUCAGGCAGAUAUUUAUCCCAAUGUUGUUGUAGCGUUACCAACAGUUCUCAGAGAAGAGGGGUUUCGUGGUCUCUACAAAGGAUAUUUUGCUACAAUUUCUCGCGACGUCCCUUGGAAUGCCCUUUCAUUCUUGUUUCACGCGCAACUAAAGAGACUUUUUGGUCGUCUUAGGAAGAGACAACCCACCAACCGUGAAAACCUGUUUCUUGCCGGAGCAGGAGGUACUCUUGCAGCAGUUAUUAUGACUCCGGUGGAUGUUGUGAAGACUAGGCUGAUGACUCAGAGAGUUUCGGAUACUCUACAAUACAAAGGAAUCUUUCCUACUCUUCAGAGAAUUUUUACAGAGGAAGGCCCAACUGCUCUUUUCAAAGGUGUGAUUCCACGAGUUAUGUUCCUAGCUCCGCUGGCAGCAAUUACACUUUCACUUUAUGAAGGCAUUUCACGUUAUUUGAUACAAAGGAAGCAACAAUAUGGGACAAAGUCUUACUACAACUCGUCGGCAAGUAUUGGUGUGCCAUGCUUUGAUUUCGGUCACUCGUUUGGAAGUCGAAUAAGGCGUCAUCACUUACGACAAGCUUAUUUGACUCGAGGAAUUUGCUGAAGUUAGUCCUGAUAUUUCUAGA